AAAGGGUAUUUCGCGCUCCGCCCUGCCCUACAAGCGCACUCCUCCGAGCUGGUUGAAGAUCUCCGCCCCCGAGGUCGACGAGCACAUCUGCAAGCUCGCGAAGAAGGGUCUGACGCCGUCGCAGAUCGGCGUCAUUCUGAGGGACUCGCACGGUAUCGCGCAGGUGUCGGGCGUCACUGGCAGCAAGGUCCUGCGCAUUCUCAAGGCUCACGGUCUUGCACCGGAGAUCCCCGAGGAUCUGUACCAUUUGAUCAAGAAGGCGCUGGCGGUGCGCAAGCACUUGGAGCGCAACCGCAAGGACAAGGACUCCAAGUUCCGCCUCAUUCUCAUCGAGAGCCGCGUGCACCGCCUCGCGCGCUACUACAAGUGGACCAAGAAGCUGCCGCCCAACUGGAAGUA